CUUGAGUGAUGAAAAAAAGAAGGGGGUAAGUGGUUUCAUUGGCCACUCGAGUGUGUGAGUAACAUCUUCCGAGUCUGCAGUGGAGAGAGCUUCUCCUUGUGCUUCUCGCAUCUGUCCCGAGUGUUGUGUGGUGCGGAUAGCUGCUGGCAGUCAGCAUCCAGCCGCACCACUCCGGAGAGAGCUCCAGAUACUUUACCCUUCUGUUUCAGUGCUGCAUCCGAAGCCGGCCAAAAAUGGACAAUGCAGGGAUCAAGUCAUUAAACUUAAGAGGCCUUGGAGAGGCAGCGUUGUUUUAGGGCCCCAAACAAACAGCGCGGUUCAACACCUGGAUAGCGCCAUAGCAGCAAGUACUCCAGGGCAGGGCCUCCCAAGCUUUUCAUGUUUAAAUAGAUUUAAAUCAAACCAGGGCCCCAAGUUUGUUAUAUUUUGUCCCAGGAUUUCAAUUUGACAGAGUUGAAUCUCAAUUUAAAACCACCCAACUGUCUCUACUCUUAGUGGAUACUUGUAAUUGGAUGUCAGUUAAAAUAUGUGAAAAGUCUCCCUUUCUUAAGUUCUGUUGGUGAAAUGAAACUACUCCUUAUUUUCCUUCCUAAACUCCACUUAGGCGUUAACCUCUUUGACGCAUGUUGAAAACCAGGCACAGUGUAAGUAUAUAGUUUUAGAGCAGCUGCAUUUACCCUCACCUGGGAAAUCAAACAUUACUUUUCAAAGUGACUUACUUUGCCAUAUGUCCACUAUAAACCAUGCUACAGUGAUGUGAAGUCUCAAUGACACUCAUAUACACACACACACAACCAGCACUCAACAGUCUUUGGCAGUAAGCCUAAGAUGCCUGCCAUGUCCUCUAGUCAUGUCUCAGCAAUUCACUGCAUUGCUGCUGUUGUUCACUCAUAACAUAACUACACUUCCAAAGUCAUUAAAAAACAUCCUUCAGUAUUUCCAGAGAGAGACAAAAUGCCGUUUUACUGGGAGACAAAAAUGCAACACCUACUCCUGUCUCCCUCCCGUCCCUUGCAGUACGUAGGAUCUCCAGUAGUUUCAGCUGGAGCGGCUCUCAAAUUCAGGGCAGACAAUUAGAAACUCCAUUAAGCACAGUUGAUUCCUCUGAGGUAGUUGGACCAAAUCAGCACACACAAUGGGAUCUGUAGGACUCGGAUAUAAAGCACCACCAGUCCUUAUCCUGCAUCUCUGUUCACUGUUAGAUGAACCUCAUGACCUCAAUCAAAACUUUGAGUCAGCUCAUAGAUGUUGACACAAAUGGACACAAAGCAUGAAUGCACAAAUCUAGUUAAAGCUGUCUGUGGUGAAGCCGUGUCAGGUGAAGGCUUUGUUUAAAGUUUGUUUCAUACUGGUCUACUUUCAAGCUCAUUUACAAGUUGAAGAGGAGUUCCACUGUGUUUUUGCUGCUCAGCCAAGGCUGUAACAUCAUCAUAAAAAUACCACCUCGCUCAUCUGCACUUCUGUCUAUUGUACGUCAGCAGUUAUACAUAAUUGACUCAGUAUGUAAAUCACUCAUCAGACAAAGAGUGAUCACACACUUAACAGAAGACAGGGGCCAAAACCACGGCUGGUAAUCUGACUGCAUCAGUCACUGGUCUGGGGAUGUUGGCCCAUAUACAAGAUCAUGUAAAGCAGGAAAUGCAGAAAGUGUUUUGCUCUCCAGAUUCAGGCACUGUGCCAAAAUCGCCUCCCAGGGAGUUUCGGUGAAAGAUGUUUCUGAGUGGGCUUAAAUGUUUGCCCCUGCUUUCCUUUGUAGUGUUAAGUUUGCACCUUUCUUGUGUUCAAGUUAAAUACAGUAGUUGGGGUGUCUGGACUGCAUUGGUAAUACUUAUUUCUUACAAUGGCACUAUAAUGCGAAAUAGUUGUCAUUUUGUCAGUUUCCAUGUGACUGUUCAAAACAUCAGGUUUCAUUUAGGAACAGCUUUGUUACUAUCAGUCAAUCCUGAUCUCUUUGUAGACUGAUGUGUGGCUUUUUUAGUAAAAUCAAACACCCAAAGCCAAACUCUUUUGCACUUUUUGUCAAGCACGAUUUGUUUUAUUGACUUACUUAAUUUGUCUUAAUAGUCUUAAUUAGCAGUUGGUUGUCAUCUCUCUCUGUAUGUGUUUGUCUGGCUUUGUGGCUUUUUGCUUAUGAGUAAGAACAACCAUGAGAUUAGUUGCUGAAAUUGUUUCUAAUGUAAUAUACACAAUGGUAAAAUGUAGAAAAAUGAUCUUAUUUGCAAUGGAGAGGUCUCACCUUUGCCUCACUUUAAGAAUCACUUUGUUUUUGUACAUCAAUACAACUUGGGCUUAGCACAGUUAUACUAUACACCUAUCACACUAACUAUAAUCAAACAGUAAGCUGUGAUUUGUGUUGGUAGUGUAUGUGUGGUAAUGAGCACUGUGAGCCACAGCAUCACACUUUUUCUCACACUCUUUGCCUCCUGGAGACUUGGCAAGAUAGUUUAUCAGACAAACUAGUUCCAGCUAUUGUGAGUCAACAAAUCUGUCUGGUAUCUCAAGGACACAUUGGAGUGCAGAGCUUUAGAGAAUGGAAACAUCCUCUAGUCUCUCUGAACACCUGUGGUUCAUUAUUUUUCCACAAGGGGGCAGCAGGUAUAAAGGAAUUACUGUGAACAACCAGUUACUCCUGUUGUAGUUGCACCUGAACAAGGGCCACAGGGAGGCUGGAGCUUUGUUUCAUUUCUUCCAGUUUUCAGAGAUAUUUGGUUACUAUGCUGCAGUUUACAGUUUAUGCAACAUGGUUCAUACUUUUAAUGAUAAAAUCCAAAAACUAGCACAAUCUGAAAAAAUGAAAACACACCAGCUAUAUGUAUAUGCAGCACAUUUAACAUGUUUGCAUCAUUUUUACACAAUAUUCAGAAUUUUUAUACCAUAAAGACAAAUGACCCACACUGAGGAUCAAAAACAUUUUAAAAUGUUGACAUCGCACUGUUUCUAUAAAUGAACUAGCAAACUUUUACAGAGUCAAAUCAUUUUAAUUGACAAUUCAAAUGAUUGCAAUAUGUUGCCUGCCGUGCACUUCAUAGGAGCAGUGUUUUAUUGCUUGUGGAUGUAUCUUAGCUGGAAUGAAGUAAACAUCAAUUGUCUCUGGUAGAGGGAGGAAGCCUAGCAGAUCCUCAUUAGGGAAUACUUUAUCUUUCUCUGACAAAGAUAUAUGUCCUAUGUCUCUAUAGCCAUAAAGUCCCUCCCAUUUCUGAGGAAGCUCACUUCAUACUCUAAACCACCAGCUAAUUUUUUCUCUCUCCAAGAAACGUAUAUCACACUCUUUCAUAUCCGUUAGAAUGAUGAAUGUUAUAUUGAAGUUGUUAUUGAUAUUUCUUUAUGCUGCAGUGACGUAUUCAUUUCUACCACUCACUGGCAACUCAAUAAGAAUACAAAGCUAGAUUACAGGUUUUGAUUUAGACUCCAAUCUUUGGUUUCUAACUUUUCUUUUGCUAUCUGUAUUCUCUCUGUCUGUUUGUCUUUCUCUGGGAAAAUAUUAUAGCUGCCCUCCAUCUCUCUCUCUCUGUCUGUCUCUCUCUCACACACUCACACACACACACACAAACACGUAGUAACACACAAAGAGCUAACCAGGGUGCCAGUGCUUCACAUUCAACACUUUCAUCCAUUAUAUCCAAAUCUUACGUAAGAGGGGGGGCAGACAGACAAAAAUCAUCUCUCUCGAUCUCUCUCCGGGUUUGGUUUGGAGAGAGAAUGUCAAACCGAGUCCUAGAAAAAGCCUCUAAAUGUUUCAUGCUGUUUCAUCACGGGGAAGAGAGAGGUUUGCUGUGCUGCUGAAGACUCACAUGUUCUUCCUCCCACAGUGUAUGCGUGUGUGUGGGUGUGAGUGUGUGGUGUGUAUGCUCCCCAGCCCAUGCAAUAAUAAACAAUGAAACCAGAGGCAUGCUCACAUGCACACAGACACAUGUUGACACACACACACAGACACAUGUUGACACACACACACACACACACACACACACACACACACACACGUUUGCAGGACGUAUUUGGGAACUUUGCAUUGAUUUGCCUUUAUUCUGAUAGCUUAUCUUUAACCAUAAGUUCUAGUCCUUCCUUUUAAUUCCAGUGAAAACAGAACCAUUUUACAUUGUGCUGAAUACAGCUGCAGUAAAAAAAAAAUUAAUUGGUUUGCAUGUGUCCCCAGAUGUGAUCUAUGAUAGAAACACAUGCGGUAUACAGUAUAUUCUCAUGUAUGCAUUCCCUCCUUCCUGGCUCAAAGAGUGUUAAAGGGCAGUUUUCUAAGCUUUGGUGCUGCAGUGUUUUUCAUGGUACAUGAUAUGGAAUAUUGUGCUGUUGUUGAGGAUGUUAUUUGUAAUGUUUUGGUGUGUCAUGGGGUAGACCAUUUCAUUUCCAUAAGCCCUAAAACACAUUUAUCCAUGUGUUGUGUCACUGUCUGGGUCUUCAGUGUACCAUUGGUGUUUUGGGUGUGUGCUGAAACCUGUUGCAGGUAAUCCUUUUUAGCCAGAUUUAAUAUAUUCUGUAUGGCAUGUGUGGCCAGGGGUUUCUGAAAUAAAAUACCUGCUUAUGUCUCUUAAAUAUAAGCUAUGAGGAUAAGAAUGUUGUGUCAGCCAAAGCUGAUUAAGAUUUCUCUUUUUAUGCACACUUCCUCCAGAACAGUUUAAUGCGGCCUCCUCGCUGACCGACAUGCCCCAUUUGAAAACUGGCUUGCAACUUCUGAUUUUAAUAGUGAUUCAAAGAGACAAUUGUGAGAUCACCCGCCCCCUUUUUAGAUGUGCACAUUAUCCGAAAGGACUAAACAAUCACGCGCGCGAACCCACUUUCCCUAAACACCCACACAGCAUUUCCCCAUUUCCCCUUUUUUUUGUUUUAGGCUAUAUAUUUUAGAUUCACGUCAUUUUCUUCCUGGAGAUCAUCCAUCUUUCCAUACACCCCUCCGAAAAUUCCUAAUACGAACCUCAAUCACGUAUGAUUGCGUUAAAAGAGUUGAAGAGGGAGAGAGGGGGGUGAGAGGGAGAGAGAGAGGAGGGUAUAUGGAGCGCGACCGUCCACACUCGCUGUCGGCGAUGUAACACACAGACAGCAUCCAUUCGGGACGCGCUGGAAUUAAUGCAUCGACUACUUUAUUAUUUGUGUUCGCCUCAACUAAUUGUUGCUUUUCAGAUGGGAAUCCCUCUCUGCAGGCUUAAAUUACAUCUCUGCAGCAUCCUUGCAGAGUAAGACUGUGCUGCCGAUUCCAUUUCCCCGGCUGCAUUAAGAGGUGCCAUCGACAGAACCGGAGACUGGGCUCACACAUCUAGGCUCCUGGGCUAACAGCGGAGGGUCUCAGUCAUCGACGUGCAUGGAGUAAAUAAUUAGGGAGGGGGAAAGUUAAGAUCUUUUCUCCAGCUAAGCACGAGCGUCUUAUGUAUGGAUUUAGGUUGAUGCGAUGUAUUAAAAGGCGUCAGGAAGCCAGAGGAUAGGGCUGGUGUGCAGAUGAGGAUUACGAAGUCGAACUCGUCGGACGCGGCACUGUUCACCUGGAAUACCUGAAGCUCCCCAGUGACACGCAGCUGCAUCAACUUAUCAACACUGUUGCAUGUAGCCACGGCUGAUAUGUCGGCCCCUGUGGCCUAGCCCGUAGAUUUAUGUUUUAGGCUAUAGGCUAUAAGCUCGGUCGCUGUUGAUUCGAAGCCUGAGUGCCAUAAACUCGCGGCAGCUGAAUUACACGCUACUGUCCCCUCAAGAGGAUGCUGCCUGAAGCGCAAUGAUGCCCGGGACUCGGAGGAUUUUCUGAUCAGGAUGACAUUUGGUUGAAGCACUAGUGGACCGAAAGACAGAAUCAACUAUCUCGUUUUUGGUUUGUUGUUUGCGCCAAGAAGCUGCACCAAGAUCCGACCUCUGCCGAACUAGACCUUCGGUUUUCAGACUCGGUUCGGGGAGAUGGCCGCGAUCGCCAGCUCCCUGAUCCGGCAGAAACGCCAGGCGAGGGAGUCGAACAGCGACCGGGUCUCUACUUCGAAACGUCGCCCCAGCCCCAGCAAAGACCCCCGCUCUCUCUGCGAGAGGCAUUUCUUGGGGGUCUUCAGCAAAGUCCGUUUCUGCAGCGGCAAGAAAAGACCCGUUCGGCGGCGACCAGAGCCGCAGCUGAAAGGCAUCGUGACACGACUGUUCAGCCAGCAGGGCUUCUACCUGCAGAUGCAGCCGGAUGGAACCAUCGACGGCAGCAAGGACGAGAACAGCGACAACACCCUGUUUAAUCUUAUUCCUGUGGGUCUGAGAGUGGUGGCUAUCCAGGGAGUGAAGAGUGGCUUCUACAUCGCCAUGAAUGGCGAGGGAAUGCUCUACAGCUCAGAGAUGUUCACGCCGGAGUGCAAGUUCAAGGAGUCCGUUUUCGAGAACUACUAUGUAAUCUACUCGUCCACUGUGUACCGGCAGCAGGAGUCGGGCCGGGCCUGGUUCCUCGGCCUCACCAAGGAGGGACAAGUCAUGAAGGGCAACCGGGUCAAAAAGACUAAGCCCUCGUCACACUUUGUGCCCAGGCCCAUCGAAGUUUGUAUGUACAGGGAGCCGUCAAUGCAUGAGAUAGAGGACAAACACCGCUCCAGGAAGAGCUCAGGGACUCCCACCAUGAACGGAGGGAAAGCUGUCAAUCAGGACUCCACAUAGCAGCAGGGGGAGGGGCUUCCAGCAGGGGGGAGUGGCCUCAUCCUGACUCAGGGGGAGAGGCCAUAGGAAAACUCACCUCCCCCCAAAAUACACACCACCAUUCCCUCAGAGGAAAAAGAGGGCGUUAUGACGAGAAGGAGAUAUUACCGUACACCGAAGACAACAAAAACAAAACUGAACUCUUGCCUGUGAAAACCUUUUAGAUGAAUUAAUAUGAAACCAGAGGAUAUAUAUAUAUAUAUAUAUAUAUAUAUAUAUAUAUAUAUAUAUAUAUAUAUAUAUAUAUAUAUAUAUAUAUAUAUAUAUAUAUAUAUAUAUAUAGAAAAAACAUUUUCAAUCAGGACUUGGCCAACAUUUUAUGCAAAAAAAAAGAGAAAAAGCUGUGAUAAACAAAGGAAUGGUGGUUUCUCUUCACACAAAUACAAAUAUCUAUCAUUUCCAAUUUAUGCUGUGAAAAACAAGCUUUAAUACAUGUUAAAUUGUCAUACAUUGAUUUAUUUUCUAAAUGCUGUUGCACUCUCAUAUGCUUUAUUGUGUUAUUGUUGUCAGUAAUAACUAGAACAUCAUCAUCAUUAGUAAUCUGUUGAUCUUAUCAUCCCAGUUACUAUUAUGGUUACUAUUAUUGGCUUUUUUUUUUAAGACUAAAGAAAGUUUUUUUUUUUUUUUUUUCAAUUACAAUUUUCUCUCAUAAUUUAAUCUUGAAUGCACUAUGUCACACUACCUGCUCUGGUGUGAAGGUAAGACAAUGUAUUUGAUAGUUCUCUGUGUUGGACUCCAAUGGAAACAGAGUGCUUAGUGUGGGAUGUAAAUUUCUCAGGUGUGUACUGUAAGUGUAACUAAUGUGACUGAUAGGACAGAUGGGCUGUUUUCAUAUACUCUAACACGAACUCCCCUGUGCUGCUAUAACAGGACAGGACUGAUACAAGCAAUAUAAUAGAGAGCAGUCUAGCAUGUCUCUAAAUAAUAGUAAUAACAAGCUGACAACACAUCUCUGUGGUCGGUGUGUUUGAAGCCUGACAAAGAAAGUUGCAUAAGUAGGUAAAAGUCAGAAUCAAAGGAAAACUGUUCUGAUAUAGCUUCAGCAUACUUUUAACAUUUGCAAGGAUUAUUAGACUUGAAAGAGAUAUCCAAACAUGUCAAAAAUGGCAAAGAAGAGUAUUCUCUCCAAAAACUGAAGAAGAUAAUGACCAGCAUCAGCACUAUGAGCCAUGGCCAAAAACGGUCACUUCACAUUUGCACCUCAAGAAACCCCUUUCUCUGCUGUUAGCUAGGCUAUAACAACAACUCUCAAAACAUAACUAUAUAACAGUAUUCAGGCUUUUGAACUAUAUGGACAAAUCAUGAAGAAUCCUUGAUUAAAAAAAAUACUUUUUUCUAAGCGAAAGUAAGGAUGAAAGUUGAUUUGGCAGGCCUGGCAGUGAAGAUAAGUGUUGACUAGUUUUCAAGUUCUGCUAUUUCUGUUACUUUUAUUGUGAAAGCAUUCAAGAUUUCUCAAAACUGGUGGACAGGGUGUCUGACUGUUUAAUAAUCCACUGACCUGACUUGUUGAUAUUGUCAAUAUAGGGUCACAAUCAUUAAGACUUUUCACAUCACAAUGGAAGCAGAACGUCUCAUUGAGGAAACCAGUUCAUCUGGAUUUAGCCAGGUUGGGGGAGGAUGACUUACCAUCACGGUUAGAGUAUCUCACCGUUUGUUUGCUCUGACACGGUAAUCCAUACUGUAUCCACCCCCCUGGUUUUGUGACCCAUGAUAUAAGCCAUUUGCUGCAUUGUGGAGGAAAGCUUCUCUUUCAUAAAUCAACCUGCUGACGGGGCUGUGUAAACACAGUGAAUUGACUGGUAAGGCCUACACCGCGUACACCGUGUACGCUGCAUAGCUCAUUCUUAAUCCCCAAUUGGUUUGUCUAACUCAGGAAGUCCUACAAUUGUUUCAGUGAAUGGGGCCAGAAAUAAAGGCUGGCCGCUCAUUGUCCAGCACCCGUUGCACAAAGCCUGGCCACUGGUGUGGUGUUUAAGGAGGUCGGGAUGGGGUUGAUGGUGUUUUUAAUCAUUAAAGGUGGUGUACAGCUAAAGCCAGGUUAGAAAGGUUCGAAAAGGAAUUACAGGAGCCAAGAUAAAGCAUGAACAUCGCAUGACUGUAAAAGUUGAUGUAAGACUGGUUUGAUUUUGAGGUGAGAGCUAAUAAGAUUGCUUUGAAUAUGGGGAGAUAGGUCCAAAACUUUUUUAUGCAACGUUUUGAUCAGUAUUUUAGCGAGAGUUUAUACAUCUCUCCUAUAUCUGGUUGGAAAUCAUAUGCUAAAUUGGUGGUAUGUACAGUAAAUAGCACACAUUCAGCUGCACAGAGCAAACCGCAGUGAUAUAUCACCAUGGAUCUAGGAGGGUUUUUCACCUGGGGCCUGGGUCCGUAGCUGGUGCAAGUUACCUGCAAGAGCUAACGGUAGAUUAGUUCAACUUCCAGCAUCUACAGCAUAACAGUGAUACAUACAGCAUAUUAGACGUGACACUGAAAGUCAGCAGGCAAGACCAGCAUAUAGAGGUAUCUUUUUAUAGAGGUUUAUAUUGGUGCAAAUGAGAUACACAUGGACUUAAAGCAAUGCAUGAAAUUGGAUGUACUCAAUGUCAACUGUUGACAGCAGAAUGAGAGGAUUUGAGAAAGGGAUGAAUAAAGCAAGGAGGUAUAAAUAGCUGAUGUGAGAAAGCAGUAAAGGAGAGCACUUUUCGGGUGUAUUGAUGUAUGAAAGGGUGAGCAAAGGCUUUGGUUGUAUGUGAUAUUAAGUAUAAUUUAUUAUUUUUAUGUUUGCAGAUGAUUUCACUGCAUUGGAACACGCUCAUAUAUGCAUUAUGAAUUGUGAGAUGAAAUAAAAAAAAAUAUGCAUUGAUAAUAAAAAUCAGAAUGAAGUUAGUGAUUGUUUAAGAAUAAAGACUAUGUUAUCAAAAACUUU